AUGUCUUGGAACGAAGAGUUCAACAAUCCAAGCUCUCGUGAGUACAUGUCUGCUGUACAAAAUCUUUCAGCAGCCCUGACUUCCGCUCUGAUUUCGGGUAAUACAAAUCGAAGAAUGUUUGCUGCACUACCUUCAGGCACUUCAGGAUCAGUUCAGGUGGCUCAGCUGAGAGAGGGACAAAAUGGCUCUAUCAUAUGCUUUGCUUACGGUACUGUAUAUGGUAAUGUGGACGCAUCUGCGUUACCGUCAUACUCAGCGAUUCAAUCACAGAUUAACAGUACGACUAGUUUAGCAACUGGUGCUACUGUGGACACUGUUUCAAGUCCAAUAAACAGCCCAUGCAAUGUUACCGACUGCAAGUUCAGUCACGACCACAUCGCCUGCGAUUAUCGUAUCCACUUCCAAAAAUAG